CCCGCGGGGGCUGCGCAGCGCCGGUGUGCGGCCGCCUCCGCCGGGACAGGCACCGCUGCCGCUUCCGCCCCGCCAACCGCCUCUGCCGCCACCGCCCUGCCGCCGGGGCCUCCGCGCCUGUCGCCACGUCGAUCUUGUCUGUGGAUCCUGUCAGGUGAGGUGCCUCGAUGUCCUAGCCGUUGGCUGGCUGAAUCCCUGCCAGGCUGGCUCAUGCCACGGCACACCUGUGUCCUGAUCAGGUCUAUUGCAGUAGAUCUGAAAGUGAUGACAAAAAGGAUUGCUCCUGGCCAGAGAAUCCUCCCUACCAAGCCAUCCCCGAAGAUGUGGACUGCCAUCGUGUUCUUGCCUCUGCUCUCCUUCUGCCUGUGUGAGCAGAGCUUUGCUGCCCUGAGAGGGAGAGGAGGAGUGCAGGUGGUGCAUGUCAGCAGGCUGUCCUCUGAGCAGCAGUGCAGGCAGGCUUGCCAGAGCCCAGCUGCUUCAGGUACCCACCCCUGCAACUGGUCUGUGCCCUACCAGAAUCACUGCAUCCUCUUGCAGUGUCACCAGCUGAGUGUGUGCCAGAAUGCUGGAGAAGAGGACCUCAAAGACCUGCUUGCAGGAGUUGUCCGUGGCAGAAGGGACACAGCUUUGUUCCACCACCAGCACUGGGAAGGGGCAGGGGAUGCAGAGGGAGACCCACGCCAGGUGUUCAGCCUGGCUGCCUCCCCUGCCUGGGCUCCCAAGGGCCACCUGAGGCAUUUGCUGGAGACUGAGAGCAAAGAUGGAACAACAAAUGCAAGCAGAACGAUUGCAACCACUGCUGCAGCCUCCUCCACCACUGCUGCAGCCUCCUCCACCACUGCUGCAGCCUCCUCCACCACUGCUGCAGCCUCCUCCACCACUGCUGCAGCCUCCUCCACCACUGCUGCAGCCUCCUCCACCACUGCUGCAGCCUCCUCCACCACUGCUGCAGCCUCCUCCACCACUGCUGCAGCCUCCUCCACCACCAGCACCACUGCAGCCAGCACCACUGCAGCCAGCACCACCACAGCCACGGUUACAAAUGCAUCUGUCUUCUCUACAACUUAUGGAACAACUGCCAAAGCCCCCAGUACCUCUGGAGGGUCUCAUCCUGCUGAAGCCACAACAGUUGCUGCCUCUUCUUCCACUUCUGCCAACAAUUCCAACCAGUCUGCCUCCAGUUCCAGCCAUGCCACCGAGCCUGGGCUCACUGUGGAAAACUCAGGACAUACCAGCCCUGCCUCAGCAUCAUCCUCCAGUUCUGCUGCCCCCCCUGUGCCCUCUGAAGCACCAGCGGGCAUCCUGCACCCCACUGCUGCUGCAGCUGCCCCCAGCACAAUGGUGACCACCCUCAGCUCAGAGGGUGCAAGGAUACCUCCCACUGCUCCCAUGGCAUUGGGCCCUCAGGGCAGGACACAGCCUGCAAAUCCACUGCCUGGCACCACAGUGCUGAGUCCAGAGGCAGCUGCAGCCACCACGUCCUCAGGUAAGGCAGCAGCUCCUCUGGGCUGGACAGGGGUUGCUGAGUCUUCACCUCCUGCCUCUCCAGCAGGAGCAACGACUGCACAUGGGCUGGAGUCAGCAUCUCUGCCUGCUUCCCCAGCAGAUGCAUCCAAAACAACAGCUUCUGGCCUUGCAGACACUCAGGACACAGACAGUGAUUACCUGCUGGUUGCUGCUGAGCCACUCACUCAGUACCUAGUGGACAGGAGCUCCCUCCUGGCAGUGCUUUUAGUUGGUACAGGCUUCUUCAUCACUGUUCUGGGUCUCUUCCUCAUGCAGGCCUACGAGAGCUACAAGAAGAAGGAUUACACCCAGGUGGAUUACCUGAUCAAUGGCAUGUAUGUGGACUCAGAGAUGUGACAGGCUGGGGAGGAAAGAGUGGGCAGAGAGCUGGGCAGCAGCUGGCAAGCCUGCCGGACUCGGUCUGCUUCCCUCUUUGCCUGCAACCCAAACUGAAAGUGCUUCCAAACUUCCUUCUAGUGCAAUUGUGAGGAGCAGUGCCAUGGACUGGAGUAAGGGGUGGGAGUGGGGAGGAGAAGAGACUAUUUUUUAUCAGCCAUGCAGCAGGUUGCUGUGAAUAAACCAAGCCCCAAAGCAGGCAGCCAAACCCUGGCAGAGGCUUCCGUCGCGCACCGCAGCUUCGGCUUUGAUUGCCAAGCGAGCCCAGCCAGGGGGGCAGCUUGGCAGCCGUGGGGGGCAGCAGCCUCAGGAAAGGCUGCCGUUGGCAGAGCAGGGCCCUGGCUUUUCCCUUGCCCUCCUGAGCACACAGCAGGGGCUGCUGAGCUCGGGGCUGGGGCUGGAGCAGUGCUGCAGCAGGCAGCUGCCAGCCCACCCAGCCCCGCUUCAGUGCGCUGCUGCCUUGUAAAGAGGGCUGGGUAGGAGGCAUUGCAGACUGGUUGCUGCUAACCCCAGGAGCUAACCUCCUCACCCUGGAGCAGGUUCCUGUGCCUCUGCACUCAAAUGAUCUUAUUUUUGUAUUCACUCAAUAAAGGGAGCCCUGCCAGGGCACAUCUUGGUGCA